CUUGUGACGCCAUUAAUGCAUUGCUGUCAAACUAAUGAAAGAUCCAAUAAAAUUUGAGCUUUUUAAAAUUAACAGGAAGUCGUCUCGUUUUAACAGACAACGGGUGAUACAUAUUUUCGAUUUACUGUGAUUAUCAUGGCUCAGAACAUUAAUCCUCACUAUGCGUCGUCGUCGAAUCCUGCUAAACAAAACGAGGACACUAUAAAAUUAAAAGACAAUCACGCUGUGAGCAAACGAUUGCAGAAAGAGCUCAUGGAGCUUAUGCGAUGUGCGGACAAAGGGAUCUCGGCGUUUCCGGAGAGCGAAAACCUUUUCAAAUGGAUAGGCACCAUCAACGGCCCUCUGGACACGGUGUACGCGGGCCACAAGUACAAGUUGUCGCUGGAGUUCCCCAACUCGUACCCCUACGCGCCACCCGUGGUGAAGUUCUUGACUCCGUGCUUUCAUCCCAACGUGGAUACGUGUGGAUUAAUAUGUUUAGAUAUAUUGAAAGACAAGUGGACGGCCCUUUACGACGUCCGCACCGUCCUCCUGUCCAUACAGAGUCUGUUAGCAGAGCCCAAUACACACAGCCCUCUCAACCAGCAAGCGUCAUAUCUAUGGCCGAACCAACCCGCCUAUAAGAAAUAUUUAGAUGAAUUUUAUAGUAAACAUAGAGACUAAUAGUUUGUUAGAUUUGAUCGUAUGAAUUAUGUUGAGUUGUGUUGUGAAUGUGAGUGUCAAGAUAGAAGUGUCCGUCUGCUGUCCGGGGCUCCAGCCUCCAACUGACGUCAGACAGUUCUGCAGCAGUCUGUCAAUAUUUAUUUCACUGUUUCAUUGUAUUUUUCUAUUUGUUGUUUAAAAUUCUAAACUUUCCUGACCUACAUGAAUGUUUCUUACCACCUUAAAAGUGUUUGUAACAAAAAGAAGAAUGUAUAUUGAGAGUAACUGAUUAAUACAAUUAUUUAGUUCAAUUCCAAA